AUGGCGCACAUAUCGCUUCUAUGCGAUCCCUUACUGCUGUGUGCUGGUUUUGAUGUCAGAUCUACUUGCGGAUUUGUUAUGGGUCCUGUUUCGAGCCUCUCUCGACCAGCAGGGAAGAAAAUCUUCUUGGACUUCGGUUUGGAGCUCAAACAAGAUUCUCAUUCGGUUCCUGCUCGACUUGUGGAAGCUCUAGCCAUGGUUGUAGCCAUUGCCUCAGCAUCAACGAUGGAGAUCCCACAUCUUCCUGUGAAUGCGUGA